AGCAGACCGCCGUCUGUCAUUGGUCAGGUAUUACAGCGGACUGCGUAACACGGAAGAGGUCACAUCUCUGGUGAACAUGGUGCUGCUGACUAUCCUGAAGAAGCUGAAGCAGAAGGAGCGGGAGGUCCGCCUUCUCAUGCUAGGUUUAGAUAAUGCUGGAAAGACUACGAUUCUGAAGAAGUUUAAUGGCGAAGAUAUAAACACCAUUUCUCCAACGUUGGGAUUCAAUAUUAAAACACUGGAGCACAGAGGAUUCAAACUGAACAUGUGGGAUGUUGGAGGACAGAAAUCUUUGAGAUCCUAUUGGAGGAAUUACUUCGAGAGCACAGAUGGUUUGAUCUGGGUGGUCGACAGCGCAGACCGUGCAAGGUUGCAGGAUUGUGCACAAGAAUUGGCUGGGCUUUUACAGGAAGAGAGGUUAUCAGGAGCAACGUUACUGGUAUUUGCCAAUAAGCAAGAUUUGCCGGGUGCAUUAUCUAAAGAUGACAUCCGCGAGGCACUGGAGCUGUGUAACAUUAAGACCCACCACUGGUGUAUACAAGGAUGCAGUGCAGUGACUGGAGAUAACCUCCUGAUAGGGAUAGACUGGAUACUGGAUGACAUCUCUAGCCGAAUCUUUACAGCUGACUGAAGGGAACGCGGUAGAAGAAAGAAGCAAGUGGUGAAAGAAGGAGCAUAUGGCCUAUUUAUUUAAUAUUUAUUUAACUGCUUUAAAUCAUAACACCGCUAUGGCAGUCAGGCAUAACUAAAUGAUAAGUAGGUUUUGUAAUGAGAAGCAAGUUAGAAAUGGUGCAUAUAUUUCACUGACACUGAACAUUUAGGAGUCGGUAUACAGCUCUAUAAUAACUUCCUGAAAAGCUAUGUCAGUGAUGAA